AUGGCCUCUUACAUGAUGGGACGCAUCGACUUCGGCGAAAGGACUGCCGACGCCCGCAAGAUGGCACUGGAGAAAUCGGACGCAGUGCUGCGAUUCAGCGACCAAUGCGCCCAAUGCGCGUACUGCGAGGCCAUCGUCUACUUCACGGCAGGCCGCCCAUACGCUCUAGAAUGUCUCGCAGAGCAUCUGAAAACCGCCCACGGCCGCAUCUCCAUCGGCGCAUUCGGUGAACUAUCUGCUCCCGGCAUCGCGUCUACGCCCGCGUCCGUUAAGGGUCUCUCAACCAACGCCAGCCUGCGAGCAUCAGACGCGUUCAAACAUAUGCAUGGAGUGGUAAGUCUGGCCGCCGUCGGAGGCACGAAGACCGCCGCGGACGAACUUCUCUACGUGGCCGCGAACCAUACGCUGCGCUCGCUCGCUUUCUUCGGCUACUACAUGCGAUAUAGACUCAGUAACGUUGGUGACAAUCUCGUGACCCUUGCGUGA